GUCUACCUUCCAGAUAAAUAUAGACAUCGACUUUCAACGAUGCGUGACAAGCUCCACAAAUUGGGCGCUGCUUCUAGCCGCAUUUUGGACAUUCAUUACCCAGCACAGGGAAUCGUUGCGGUUCUCAUUCAUAUCGGGUAUUCUCUCCACGAUUUUAAUCCAUUAGAUCCUCAACACCUUCGUGAUAGCAAACUUCUCGAAACUUUGACAAGUGACGAAGAGCGUGCAACAAAAUCGAAGGAGAUCCACCAACAAUGA